AACUGUGAGCAGCUGCCCAGCUCUCAGCCAGGAACUGCAUCCCUCUCUUCGCUGGCUAAUGGAUCCCAACAGAUCCCUUUUCUUGGGCAUGCUUCUGUUUCUUUCUCUGGCUUUUGGAUUGAGCUACGGAACAGGUAGAGGUGUGAUGGAUUGCUCAGUGAUUAUCCAGCCACUGGGAAGUGACACAUGGCUGCCCCUGACAAAUCAGAUAAAUAAGAGCAUUAACAAAAGCGUCCGCAUCCUCGUCACGAUGGCAACGUCUCGGGGAAGCAAAACCAACAAGAAAAUAGUGUCUUUUGAUCUCGCUAAAGGGGACUAUCCAGAUCACCUAGAGGAUGGUUACCGGUUCCAACCAGAAAACCUGAGCCUGGGGAUUUUGGCAAACAGGAGGGAGAACGAAGGAUGGUACUUUGUGAGCUUGGAGGAGAAUGUGUCCGUUCAGCAAUUCUGCAUGCAGCUGAAACUUUAUGAGCAGGUCUCCACUCCAGAGAUUAAAGUGUUAAACAAAACUCAAGAGACCAAGAAUGGGACCUGCAGCUUGAUGUUAGCCUGCACUGUGAAGAAAGGCGAUCAUGUGGCUUACAGCUGGAGUGAUGAAGCAGGCACCCAUCUGCUGAGCCCAACCAACCGCUCCCACCUCUUGUAUGUCACCCUUAGCCACCAGCAUCAUGACAGCACAUACAGCUGCACCGCAAGCAACCCUGUCAGCAAUCGUUCUCGGAUCUUCGACCUAUGGCAGGAGUGCGGGCGAGAGUCCUCAGAGUCAAGCUCAUGGCUACCACACGCUGCUGUACUGUUAGGGGUCAUUAUAGUCAUCAUCCUGAUUCCCACGACAGUAAUAAUGCUGAAAAAACAAGGUAAACGAAACUGCCAGCCACCAGUGGAAGAAAACAGCCUUACAAUUUAUGCCCAAGUACAGAAAUCAGGGCCUGUAGAGGAGAAACUUGAUGCUCUGACAGAUCAGGACCCCUGCACCACCAUUUAUGUGGCUGCCACAGAGCCUGUCCAGGAACCAAACCCCACCACAGUCUAUGCCAGUGUGACACUACCAGAAAGCUGACCCUCAGAAACCCAGUGAAAGGACUUUUUGAUGGAAGAUGGAAAAAAAAUCAAAACACACACUGAACUUGGCCCUAGGUUCAAAGUUCUCUGUGACAGAAACUGCACAUCUAUACCCAUCUCCAGUCAGUCCCCCGGUGAUAGAUCUGCACAGGCGCACCUGCGGAGUAGACAAGGACGUGAGACUUCCCAAGCAGGCAACCUGCUCUGCAGCUCACACAGACAUGGAGCAGAGAUCCCUUGACACAGCAUUCCAUCUUUGCCUUGCAGAUAAAAUAGACGAUGUGAGUUCAAACAUCUCAUUCUCUUCUGGGUUAGAUAACAAAAUCCAAAGACAAAAAAGCCAGGAUGUGAAACAUCUGUCUCAGAUGGCUGAGUACAAGGCACAAAGUCUGGAGAUGUUCUCAUUUCAGCUCUCUGUGCUUUAUUCUGGAAGCUGAUCCAGAUCGCCUCAAGACCUGAUCAAGGCUCUGUGCCUCAGUUUCCCUCUCAUUCUCCGGAUGAAGAGGGAAUGAAGCAACGUUUGAAGAAUGAAUUCUUUGUUGCCUGAGGUCCUUCUAUAAAAGGACUAGUAUUUUAUUUGCAAAACUCAAGCUAGUAAGCUAAAACUUUGAAAGACGGCAUGGAAACUAUCCAAUGUUCCUUACCGUGUAGUUCUGUCGAAAUCGAAGCAGCAUGUGUUUGGUAAUGCUGUUAUAAAAAGUAACCUGGGAUACUCAGAGGAACUUGUCCCAGGGAGGUUUUUCACUUCUUCAAAGAACUUUUAAAACUAAGUUCUCUGUUUACUCCCUUGAUUAAAAAAAAAAAAAAAAAACCCAGGAUCCUCAAGAUUCUUCCUCCCUUGGUUCUGAACUCAUUUUAUAACCCAGGUCUCCUGUGGAACUGCAGGUCUACCGGUACCGGGCGCUCCUAUUCACUGCAUACCUCUUUAUACUAAAUUUAUCUUCAAAUAGAAAAUUAAAUUAUUUUGAAUAAACGGUUUCAAAUGAUUAAA